AUGGGGAAAGAUUCCUUGGAAGAAACGAAAAAAUCAUAUGAUCCUAUUAUGAAAAAUGAAGUUUUCCAAGAAAGCUUUCUGUCCGCAAAAAGACAGUUAAUACAAGUGGAAGAAAUCAUUGAAAAGUUAAGAGAAUUCGAGAUACAAUUGAUCACUGAUAAAGGUGUCGAGUUUUACAAUGUCCACUGCCAAAAGUUGUUCAAAUCCUGGAAUAUAGCUCAUGGAUCUACCAACACUGUGCAAAAGGCUGCCAUGGUUGAGCGAGCCAAUCGAACUAUCAAGACUCGCCUCUCCAAAUACAUGUACUACAAGAACGAUGAUCGAUGGAUUGAUGUACUUGCGGAUAUUGUAGACGGCAUUAAUCAUUCAUUUAAUCGUUCCAUCAAAAUGAGACCUGUAGAUGUUACUGCAAAUAUUCUUAUUGAAGACUAUAGCACAACUACUAAGCCCAAAUUCAAAGUGGGUGACACUGUGCGGAUCAACAAGUAUCGAAAAACUUUUGAAAAGAGUUACGAUGCUGGCUACACUAUGGAGAUUUUCACAAUUGAUCAAGUUUUGAAAGGCUCACCAACUGUUUACAAGAUUAAGGACUAUAACGGUGAUCUGAUAUCUGGUAUAUUCUACGAUCAAGAGUUGACCCCAGCAUCCAACACGUCUGGACAGUAUUUUAUUGAGAAAAUACUGAAACGUCGUACCCGCAAUGGCGUCAAGGAGAUUUUUGUCAAAUGGAGUGGCUACCCUGAUAGUUUUAAUGAAUGGAUUGUACAAGAUAAUUUGGUUGAUUAA